AUGUCUUCUCGUCCUCCUCUCGCUAAGGAGACUGGCCUGAUGGAUGCUGAGAGAGAGCCUUCACGAUAUCGACCUCAGGUACACAGCUUGAAUGUUGAAACAGAAGAGGAGCGGUUUCCUAGUGAUGUUUCUAAACCAACUGCGUCUGCUUGGAGGUGUAACUUGGCGGCCCUCUCACAGCGUCGAAAUUUACUCUUUACAGCUCAAGUUGACAACAUUUACGUAUGGAUUCCCAGUGGACCCCGCCAGCUCCUUGGCUCCCAACCUGAAAUGAUCAUCCGCCCAGUGAUGAAGGAACCCAAUGCGCCUGGAUACAUCGAUCGUUCUAGACCUCAUACAAUCAAUCACAUAAUUGUGGAUGAUUUGGGGGUUGAUGAGGUUUUGCUGUUAGCGACAGACUCUGGAAACGUCACUGGCUACAAUGUUGAGGCCAUUUUCUCAGCAAUCAACAGGAGUGCUAAACAUGGAGGCAAUCGACCAUUCGAUGCGCAUGAAGUAAAAUCUUUCUUUGCUGAACAUGUUCAAUUAAGUGCCUGGGGCUUGGCCACUCACAAAUUUGCUCGGAUGAUUGCUGUGAGCUCGAAUACGGGCGUCAUCACAGUCUUUGCUUUCGCGUUAGUGGAUGUUGUGUCUGAGAGUGACGGUACCAGUCUCAGUUCCUCUAAGACCUCAAGCGUGGCAGGCUCUGAUGUAUUGGAAAACACGUGGGUAUCAAUAGACAGUGCGCCCUCGAUGGAAGUGCUGAAGAAGGACAUGCCCCAUCAUCGAACACGCAACCUGCGGCUCAGCUAUAGGGGUCAUUUCGACAACAUCCCAUGCGUGUCUUUUGCCAACUUUGAACUGGACCCUAACGGUCUAUGGAUGGUCAGCACGGAUAUCCUCAACCGAGUCUUUGUAUGGAGAGUCUGGGACAGCCUGACUCCUGUCAACACCUCCAGUUACGAUUGUCCAAGGAGUGGCCAAGAGCAAAGGGGAUGGUUUGUCUUGCCUUUGAAUCCUCGUCAAGUCCAGCAACACCGUUUCAAGUUUGAUGCCUGUGGAUGCGAACCAAAGCCAAGGAUGAUAAAUGGUCGGAUGAUUUUUGACGUGUCACGUGCGGCUGAUUAUGUCGAGACCAGAUCGAUCGUCGCUUCUGAGGGAGUUGCUAUUGAAGAACGCGCAACAAACUCGAGGCUAUUUCUACCAGACGAGAUUUUCCCCCUUGGCAAUGGCGUUCAUAUUGAAUCACGACCUCAAUCAUCAAUCACACCACAUAAUCACACCAUCUCAGAAGGCGCAGAAACUGCUUCUCCUAUAACCAUUCGUGACUGCUUUGUUAUCAGCACCGAUUCACCACAAGAUCGUGAGGUAAAUCAUGAGGUGACUCCACAUCGUCAAUCAAUCCGCGUGAGACGUGGUAUUGCCAAUUUGAUCGAAGAAGAAAAUGAACAGUGGGGCACGGAUCGUGCUGUCGACGUGGAUAUCUUGAGGGGAUUUGUACGCCAUCCUUGUAACCCUCGGUUUUUCCCUAUUCUUCACUUCUCCGGAGAUAACAUCACUUUAGAUCCUUAUCCAUUGGACCAUGGAUUGCGGACGCUCUGUCGGUCUCCACUAGAAUCAAUGGUAGGAGAUACCAUGUUCUCUUCCUGUGAUCGCUUAAAUUUGGUCAAAUACCUCCCCGAACUUGGGAUGGUAAUUGCCGCCUCCCAGGCCGGUGGAGUUGCCAUCAUCACUCUUACAUGGCAGGAGGAAAUUGGACAUACCUUUCGCCUAGACUGGCUUCUUCCUUUCCCCAACCAGGAUAGGGACGAUGAAUGCCCGACGCCACCGUUUAUGGGUAUUGCUGCAAGCCCCAUGCCUGGAUUUGAGAUACCACCGGAUGUCCCAUGUAUUCCUCGGGGUGUUAACCCCAAAGAUCGGUUGAGAUUCAACCACCGUCUGCUCAACCCAGAUAUAGAUGAGCCUGCAGCAAACUCGCCCGAAUUCGGAGCUUCCAGUCUGUCUGAACCAGAUUUUAGCUCUGGCUCCGAAGACCCAAAUCUCACAAUUCCUGAAACCCACGCCUAUGCGUCGGACAUCUACCAACCUCAUGAGACCUGGCAUGGUUACCACCCUUCCCGGCAUUACAGAUUGAUUUUACUAUUCUGCGAUCUCACGGUCAUGAGCUAUGAGUUCUGGCACGACUGGAGAGGUUGA